AUGGCCAAUGAAAACGCCCCACCUAUGGGCUUUUUGGCUGUCGAGGUUAACAUAGCUAGGCCCCCAGGUGAUCCAUUUAACGAGCGAACUUGGAGCUUCCCCCUUAUUCGGGAGACAGUCCCUGGCUCAUCUGUGUCUCAUAUUGUGACUGAUAAACAAUACGACGAUGAAUUUAUUGAGCGUUUUGUCGCUGCUGGAAUCAAACUAGCUAAGCGUGGAGCUGUUGGAAUCAUUACAAGCUGCGGCUUUCUUGCUAUGGCACAAAAAAAGUAUUACCCCAAUCAUUGUGUAGUUGUUUUGCGGCUCAAUAUGCUUAUUUUGAUCAGACUUUCUGCCAGGCUGCCCAUACCUAUAGCCACAUCGUCACUUAUCCAGAUUCCAACACUCCGCGCGAUAAUUCACCCUGCGCACAAAAUCGGACUACUGACAUACGAUGCUGGCCGCCUGACAGAUAGGCACUUGACUGAGCUCGGUAUUGAUCCGGCUUCAGUGCAUAUUUUCGGUGCGCCUCCCCGGGGUUAUCUAAGAGGGUAUGUCUCACGUGGUGAGCCUUAUGAUUCUCAAAAUGUCAAACAUGAGCUGGUUAUUAUGGCCAAAGAAUUAUUAAAUAGCACCCAAGACAAAAUCAGAGCUAUCGUGCUAGAGUGCACUAAUAUGGCACCCCACGGUGAAGCAAUUCACCAUGCGACAGGUUUACCUGUUUAUGAUGUAUAUACACUUGGAGAAUGGUUUUACUCAGGUCUGAACAGAAGAAAUCCACCAUACUGGGCUAUGCGAAAGCCUAGAGAUCAAAAAGUAUAG